CUGGGACCAGCACCGGGCAUGGGGCCGGGGGGCGCUUCUGGCCGCAUCACCCGCUGGGUGAUGAUGAUGGCCCAGGGGUGGAGGUGAAGCGGCUCCGUCCUCGCCCGCCGGAGAGGGAUGGUGCCGGGACGCUCCAUGGGGGCCCCCCCGCUGCCCCCCAACGCCCUGCGCCUGCUCUGGGCACUGCUGGUGCCGGUUGCGCUGCUCUGCGCCGAGCCCCGGCCCCGCGCCACCUUCCACAGCGGGGACCCCCGGCGGACCCUGACCCACUUCAGCCAGGCCAAUGUCUUGCACUACGACAUCUUCCUCCUGAGUGAGGAUGAGGAGGAGCUGUACGUGGGGGCACGGGACAGGGUGCUGGCCCUCGCCGUCGGCACCCCCGGCACCAUCCGCGCCAAGGCCUCGAUAACGUGGGGACCCACGGCCGAGAAAACCUCCCAGUGUGCUUUCAAGAAGAAGAGCCAGGAGACCGAGUGUUUCAACUUCAUCCGGGUGCUGGUGCCCCUGAACCAGACCCACCUCUAUGUGUGUGGGACCUACGCCUUCAGCCCCGCGUGCACCUACAUCCUCCUGGAGAACUUCACGCUGGUGUCCAACAGCAGAGGACAACCCUUCCUGGAUGGGAAGGGCCAGUGCCCCUUCGACCCGCAGCACACCUACACGGCCCUGCUGGUGGAGGGUGAGCUCUACGCCGGCACCAUGAACAACUUCCAAGGCAACGAGCCCAUCAUCUCCCGCUCGCUGGGCAGCAGGACCCUGCUCAAGACAGAUGCUUUCCUCCGCUGGCUUUCGGCCGACGCUGCCUUCGUGGCCUCCUUCAGCAUCCCUCGAGAUGACAAAGUCUACUUCUUCUUCGAAGAGACCGCUGAGGAGUUUGACUUCUUCGAGCGGCUCCUGGUGCCGCGGGUGGCGCGUGUCUGCAAGAGCGAUGUCGGUGGGGACAAGGUGCUGCAGAAGAAGUGGACAACGUUCCUCAAGGCCCAGUUGCUGUGUUCACAACCCGGCCACUUCCCCUUCAAUGUCAUCCAUCACGCCUUCGCCCUGCCCCAGCCGGGCGGCGCUGACUUCUACGCCGUCUUCACCUCGCAGUGGCAGGAGGGCAGGGCGGGCAGCGCUGCCGUCUGUGCCUACAGCCACGAGGAGCUGGAGAAGGUCUUCGAGGGCAAAUACAAGGAGCUGAACAAGGAGAGCUCCCGCUGGACCGUCUAUGGUGGCCCCGACAUGAGCCCCCGGCCCGGCAGCUGCUCCAUGGGUCCCUCCUCUGACAAAGCCCUCACCUUCAUGAAGGACCAUUUCCUGAUGGAUGGGAAGGUGUCACCCACCCAGGGGCGGCCGCUGCUGGUGAAGACGGACGUCACCUACACACGUAUCGUGGUGGAUGAGACCCGCGGUGCCUCGGGGACCAUCUACCGUGUCCUGUUCCUGGCCACGGCGGAUGGGUUCCUGCACAAAGCCGUGGAGCUGCCCGGAGCUCCCCACAUCGUGGAGAGCAUCCAGCUCUUUGGAACACCGGAGCCAGUGAAGAACCUACUGCUGGCCCCGGGGAAGGGCAUCCUCUACGUGGGUUACUCCGGUGGCGUCCUCCAGGUGCCGUUGGCCAACUGCAGCCUGCACCGGAGCUGUGCUGAGUGCGUGCUGGCGCGGGACCCCUACUGCGGCUGGAACAGCGCCGAGGGGUCCUGCCAGCCCACCCGCGGCGCCCAGGACACGAGCACGUGGCUGCAGGACAUCGAGGCAGAGAGCCCGGCCACCCUGUGCCACCGCGGCCGGAGCGUGGCCAUGCCCCGCGCAUGGGGAGCACCGGAGGACCCCACCGCAGAGAGGCUCACCCCGCCGCUUAACGCCGUGGUCCGCCUGCCCUGUCCCCAUCCCUCCGCACUGGCCACCUACCACUGGCAGCAGCCCCACGGGGACCGCGGGGACACAGCGCUGCUGCCCGACCACACGCUGGUUGUCAUCAUGCAGCGGGGGACCGCGGGCACCUACAAAUGCCAGGCCACUGAGAACGGCUACACAUGGACCGUGGCUCAUUACCAGCUCCGGGACCCCAGCGGGGCCACCCCACCGCCGGACGGGCUGGCUGAGGACGGGCUGCCCUGGGGGUCCUCUGGGGCCCCCCGCUCGUACUGGCCCCAGUUUGUCACUGUCACCGUGCUGCUGGCUGUGACGCUGGCCGCGGUCGCCUGCUUGGCUCUCCUCGCCUACCAUGAGCAGCUCAAAGCCAGGAGCAAGGUUCGGGGGUGCAGCGCGCCCCACAGCCCCCCAACACAGCGCCGGGAGAAGGUGCCCCUCAAUGGGGGCACCGGGGAGCCCGCGGCACCCGGAGGUACCACGGAGGAGGAGGAGGAGGAGGAGGAAGGCUCCCAACCCUGCUGCCUCCAGCUUGAUGGGGACAUCGAUGCUGAUAACAACAGGCUCCGUGUCCCCAUGGGGGGCCCAGCGUGACGGUGCCACCGGGACGGGGAGCAAUGGUGGGGGGGGAUGUGGGGUGAAUGUGAAGGGUUUGGGGGUUAAUUUAACACACCCAACGUAACGUUUUGGGGUGGGGGCAGCGAAGGGGGUGGGAUGGGGGGCACAGGGAUAGGGAUGAGGACGGUGCCGUUAGUGUCACCCCACGGAACAACCCCUGGUGCCCCAUGUGCAACCCUGGGUGCUGAGCAAUGGGAGGGGGGGGCACCCCACGGCCCUGCCCCACAGCCACCUGCCGUGGGGCGACUGUGGGGAUGGAGCCUCCCCCCGCCCCGUCGGAUGCUGUCGAGCCGCUGUUUUGGAAGCUGUAAAUUUUCCUUGUCUUUGUACAUUCGAUGUUUUGUAUUAAACACAAAAAGGAAAGAAA